CCUAUUGCUUUGUUCAUGAUGCUGUCACAGAGUACUAAUGCUAAAUAAAAUAUUCAAAGCUGCUGUGGAUGUAGAUUGAAGCACUUCUGGAUUUACAAAUUUUUGUGCACGUCACGUCAUUAACGUCAGUCAAUAUCUUCUAUCAAAAUACUUGUUUCAAAUUGUAAUAUUUUUUCAUGAGAAAUUGAAUUGUAAUUAAACAUGGAAUCUUAUGAAAGUGUUAUACUUGUUAAGAAUGAAGUGUUUGUGUUCAAAAUACCUCCCAGAACUUCCAAUAGAGGCUAUAGGGCAGCUGAUUGGAACCUACAAGAGCCGCAAUGGACGGGGCGUAUGAGGCUGGUUGCGAAAGCAGAGGAAUUGAUUAUGAAAUUGGAAGACAAAACGUCUGGAGAGCUGUUUGCCAAAUGCCCAAUAGACAAAUAUCCUGGGGUGGCCCUCGAGUCCGUCACUGACAGUUCGCGGUACUUCGUUGUAAGAAUCCAAGACGAUAAUGGGCGCAGUGCUUACAUAGGUCUAGGAUUUGGAGAUCGAUCAGACUCCUUCGACCUUAAUGUUGCUCUACAAGACCAUUUCAAAUGGUUGAGGAAAGAGCAGGAAGGAGAGCAAGCCACUCCACAGAACCUUGAUUUAGGCUUCAAAGAUGGGGAGACUAUCAAAAUCAAUAUGAAAAUCACGAAAAAGGAUGGCAGUGAAGGCAGUCGGCCUCGUCGUGGAGGUGGUGCCGGGGCAGGGGGUGGUCUGCUACCACCCCCACCAGGUGGUUCAAGGCUUCCACCACCACCAUCCCCACAGCAUGUCCCAUCACCAUCGGCUGCUGCUGCACCUGCCCCUGCCAGUUCUGAAUGGGGAGACUUUAAUUCUGCCAGUGCUCCAAGUCAACAACAACCACCAGUGACACCCGCCAACCAGCAGAACUGGGUGCAGUUCUGAGCUCAUAGAACGCUAUUGUGAUUUGGUGUCUUGUAGGACGGCACUAACGUGUGUUGCACAAUACUUAAAAUUACUUAAUUACGUAGGCAUACUGUAUCAAUAGCUCUCGUAUUUCUGUAGUAAGUUAAUAAAUAUCAUUAUCAUUGUAGGAUAUAUUAUAUUAUUGAUACUUUACUGUUGGAUGCCAGAUCACAAUAUAUUACGCAAUAAAUACUAUUAACUAUUGAUGUACUUUACAAUCUGUAUAUGUUGUAACACUUGUAUGAUUACUUAGAUAUGUCGUAGAAUAUGUUUGGCUCUAUAUUGUUGUUAUUGUACGUUGUUGAACAAUGCAUGUCAUAGACAGUUUCUAUGUAAAUAGUUGAGAAUCUUUAAUAACAUUAAUAUUGUUAGUAAUUAUGAUACAUUCAAAUUAUCUCUUACAUGUUAAUGCAAGAUCUGUAUUUGUGUCAGGCAUGAUAUGUAUGAACUCAACGAAGGUUUAAAAGUUAAAUACGAAUCUAUUUAUUUCAAGAAGUAUUAGUUAUAUUUUUUAAGCAUAGUUACCUAUGCAGUACAAUACUGGUGAUGAAUAAAACAGGUAUUUUCUUCUGACAUUCCUAAAUUAUUGUUAUUCUGUGGAAUUGGCUGCUUUGAAACGAGCUCUAACUAUUUAUCAACAUCCCUUAUAACCGUCGACAGCUAAUAGAUUUAGGUUUUAAUAUAUUGUACAACUUAACAAGAGAUCGAUAAGAUAUUAUAAUUUUAAUUGUUUUAGGUUCACAUUCGAAUACAGACUACAAAAAUAA